AUGUCGCUGUCUCAGCGCGUAACCGCAAUAGAGGAGCAUGGCGGCUCCUGGAGUAGAGAUUCGAGCACCAGCUCGAGGAACCGGAAGAUGAGCUUCAACCCCGUUGGCACCUGGACAGAGCCGACGGGCGAGGAGUCUACCAUAGGUGCUUUCGAGGUGCCCAAAUGGAAAAGACUGUUACAGGUUGGUCUCGCUGUCAUCUACUGCCUCUUCGCUGCAGGCGUCGUCUUUGGCUACGCUGCCAUCAAGCCCGUUUUGCUGGACGAGGGUGUAUAUCGGAAUCUUUGCACAAAAAAAGAGCUCGACGAGAAUGUCAUUGUGUGUUAUGAGCAAGAGCUGCGACUUAACCUCAUGUUCACUGUCGCCGCCGUAUCCACCAACGUCGUAGCGCUCCCAGUCGGCACCAUACUCGAUCGCCAUGGCCCACAGACGACCAGCAUCAUUGGCGCUUUCUCUACUGCCCUGGGCUCACUCCUAUUCGCAUUUGCAAACCAACUGCCAUUUGAUGCUUAUAUUCCUGGAUAUCUCUUCCUAGCCUUGGGUGGACCCUUCAUCUUCAUCUCCUCUUUCCAGCUUAGCAACACCUUUCCGCAAUACUCUGGCUUAAUAUUGGCUCUCCUUACCGGCGCAUUCGACACCUCCAGCGCCGUCUUCCUCGCCUACCGACUCAUCUACCAAGCCAGUAACCACAGCUUCCGCGUCAAGAAAUUCUUCCUCCUCUACCUCAUCGUUCCCAUCUUCAUCCUCGUCGUCCAAAUCCUCUUCAUGCCCGCAGUCUCCUACAAGACCGUCGGCGAACUAGUCACCUCCGUCGAAGACGAACAAGUCGAGCACGACUCGGACGACGACAUCACCGACACCGCCACCGUCGAGCGCCUCCGCGACGCCCGCCGCGCCCACCGCGACAGCCUCGUCAGCGAAAUCACCAGCCUCCUCGGCACCAAAGAUGGCGCCCGCCAAGCCGAUGACGAGAAGAAGAAAAAAGACAUCUCCGGCGUCUGGGGCGCCCUGCACGGCCGCACCGCCGCCCAGCAAAUUCGCACCCCUUGGUUCGUCCUCAUCACCCUCUUCACCGUCCUCCAAAUGACGCGCAUCAACUACUUCGUCGCCACCAUUCGCACGCAGUAUACCUACCUCUUUCACGAUUACGCAAAGGCCGUUGAAAUUAACAACUUCUUCGACGUCGCACUGCCUGUGGGUGGCGUGCUCUCCGUGCCCUUUAUCGGUCUUUUGCUAGACAAUACAAGCACCACCUUCACCCUCGCCCUCCUCGUCACGAUUGCAACUACAAUCGGCAUCCUAGGCAUCAUCCCAGAAACAUGGGCCGCAUACUCCAACAUCAUCCUCUUCGUCCUCUACCGCCCCUUGUACUACACCGCCGUCUCCGACUACGCCGCCAAAGUCUUCGGCUUCGCCACCUUCGGCAAAGUCUACGGCCUCAUCAUCUGUCUCGCCGGCCUCCUCAACUUCUCUCAAUCCGCCCUCGAUGCCGCUACCCACAAACUCUUCCACAACGAUCCCGUGCCCGUGAAUGUCGGGCUCUUGGUGAGCGCGCUGCUGGUCGGUGUGGUGCUCGUGGGGUUCGUUUGGAGGAGGAGUGGGAGGGUGGGUGGGAAGGGGAGGGCGGGGGAGGUAGAGCAGGCGGAGCGGGCGGAGCGGGUGGGGUUGUUGAGGGAGAAUGGGAAUGUGGGUGGGAGUUUGAGUCGAGGGGAGGAGGGGAGGGGGAGGAGGUUGUGA